UAUCUAUGCGAGUGUUUUAUAUUUUUGAGAAAAUUGGAGUUGAGCAAAUAUAUAGGACUUCCACUAUGGAUUUAAGGAUGAUUCGUAAAUUAGAUUCCAGAGAUUAUCAGAAUUUGGUAAAAGCGGUUGAUGAUGUGUCCCAACACCAAUUAAAG